AGAUUACGAUAGCGACGAUGGUAUUGUUUUUAAUUCCCCCCGCUUACACCCUAGUAGUGGGUAGCCCGUUGACUAUAAUAAAGCUAGUAUGAUAGUACGGCAGAAAAAUAGAAAGCUAGAGUGGGAGCAUUCCGCAAGUACCUAGGAGUGGUAGCUAGUGGGGGAGAUGGCACGUAAAAUUAGCCGAUUGCGAAAGGCAGAAGAAGUUUGGAAGAAGGAACGACUUAUAUAAACGAGGCCUUCCGUGCCUAAAAUAGUAGCUAGAAGGGCUCAGCUUGGUAAACCUGUUUAGAUAGAAUAAUCGGUGGAUCACGGAUCGCACUCCGAACGGUCGAGCGUAACAUAGAGCGGGGUGCUAGUAAAUCGAGUCGGGUGGGAUGUCUUUAGGACUUGCACUGCAGAGCUUGAGGAUAGAGCCAAUUUUAAUCCUUAUAAGUUCGCUAUUAUUAAAGUUCUAAUAGAGGAGCUACUGGUAACCAGCGAAGCCAGGUUGAAGAGCCCUUUACAGCUCGAUAAUACGGUAAUAACGAGGGGAGACUUAGUUUAAUAACCCUCCAAAAACUAUAGAGGUAAAUAUAUAUCGUCCCCGCAAAUACGAGAAAAGAGUACAGGGCAAGAACCCCUCCCAGAACGAAUUCGGAUCCGCUCUAGGUAUAUUAUCGAGGAGCUUUAUACUAUUAUUGGAGGUUGUAAUAGGUUUUACUACCGGAUGUCGAGUACUACGACGGUACAACUAAGUAUCUAAUCAAAUUUAAGGACUCCGCCCGGACCAUGGUUCGUCCCUUUCGAAUACUGUUCCAUUACAAAGAUGAUAUUGUGGAAAGACUGGGUCAGCCACAAAACAAAUUCCACUCAAACACCCAGCUGUACUCGAAGCUGAAGGUCCGUACCCGUACAUGUACCGAGCACCUUAAAUGCCUGAAGGAGCUCAUCGACACAUAAAUACGGCCCAGGAUCGAUCUUUUAAACAGCAACCGGUGUCAAUUAGUAUCGUUUGCCUAUCUUUGGUAUCUCUUCAAGCCAGGUGAUGAGAUCAUCUAAAGAAACCGGCCUCAAGCCUUCCGAAUCUACGCAGUAUCCAGCACUGACCAUGGAGCCACGCCUACGUGGCAAGAGUACAAAAGCCGAAUGUUGCAUCAGGCGUGAAUAAGGAUAUUAAGCCGCAGUUGGCCAUCAGUUGCAGAUAUCUCGACUUUGAUGGGAAGAGAGUUGGUCCAGUGACUCGGUGCUUCAAGAUAUCACAGUUUAGUGGUGAAAAGCCCAUCACGUCGCUUGAUGUCUAUCCGUUGCGAUUUGCUGAGACUAGAGCAGAUCGUGAGCAGGGCCAUACACCAUUUCGAAAUCGUCUAAUUAACAGGGGAAAGCUAUUCCUCGAUAUGGCGGCGGUAAGGCAUAUGCACUACAGCGGCUUAACAAUCGGUAAUAAGGAUGAGGUGGACAGCCAGGUUGUCGUUGAUUUUGAGGAAGCCUUUGCAACAGAUAAUGGUACAUCGUGGAGGGUGGAAUUGGAAUCCAUUCUCGGUAUCGAAUUUUGUCCAACGUCACAAACACGCUGUGUGUCAGCCUGUUGCUUGGGCAACAAUAUCCACAAGGAUUCUCGUGUGGAGAAGAUACAGCACGAGGAAUACAUGACAAGUUGCAUGCCUCAAGAUACUACACUGGAGCCCCCCAUCUCUGUGUAUCCGCGAUUGCUCCAAGAUAUCCACGUCCACGUUUCUGUGACAGACAAGGAUUACAUCAUCAUGUCCAUGAGAGCUUGUGGGUUUGUUUUGAGAAGCAGAAAGUGGGCGCAGCUCGACCUCACAUACCUCGCCCCUCCGCACUUCCCCACUGCCUCCUCUCCUAGUGCCUCUGGAUAUAAACCACCUUCUGAACCUGCCAGCCAGAUUUCACCACCACGACCAGCGUUUGAGCAGCUGGUACUUCCAGACGGCUAUAAGGACAUGGUCCUCUCACUUAUAGCACAACAUUAUCGUGAUAAGCAGAUGCAAAAUGAUGAAAGGGACCAGGUCGACAUCAUCAGAGGGAAGGGCAAGGGCUUAAUCUUGUUUCUCCACGGUGCCCCCGGGGUGGGCAAGACAACGACCGCAGAUUACCUGUGGCACGUCAUCUUCGUCAACGAGAACAAACAUACAUCUGACUCCGAGGAUUAG